AUGAAGCUCAAGCAUUCUUGUGUCAUUCUUCUCUCCUUCUUAACUUUCAUAACUCUCUCCUCCUUAAUAGCCUCACAAACCUGCAAGAGUUCUUGUGGCAAAAUUCCCAUCAAGUAUCCCUUUGGAACUGGCCUUGGUUGUGGGGAUCCACGAUUCCAACAAUACGUGACUUGCAACCAAGAAAAGCUCACUUUAACCACCCAUACUGGCUGCUAUCCUGUCACCACCAUAGAUUAUUCCGGUCAAGUUAUAUACAUCUCUGAUCCCUCUAUGUCAACCUGUGCUUGCACUCAACCAAGCAAAGGGUUUGGCCUAGACUGGGAUGCCCCCUUCUCUUUUGACGAUGAUACUGUCUUCACUUUACUUGACUGCUCUACCACUUCAUCACCUAUCUACAGAACCAGUGGAGCCUAUGAUGAUAGCAACACCACAGUGAUCCCACAAUGUGAUAGAACAGGUGCACCCAUUUGUAGUUUCUUAUAUUCUUGCAGAGCAAUCAGUCUACUCAAUCUUCCAAUCUCUACCUGCUGUGUUUACACACCAGUAGACCUUGGACCCUCUUUUGAAAUGGAUUUACAAAAGUUGCAAUGCGCUUCAUAUUCUGGGUUCUAUAGCUUCAAUGGCCAAGAAUCUAACCCUUAUAAUUGGAAGUAUGGGAUUGCACUUAAAUAUAAGUUUAACGUGUACAAUGACUAUCCAAGUUCUUGUGCUAAUUGCGAGAGAAGUAAUGGAGUUUGUGGUUAUGACGGAGUUUACAACACUUUUGUUUGUAACUGUCCUGGUGGCCUCAACACAACAUCAGAUUGUUUCUUCGAAUCACCAUUUAAUCAUAGCCCAAGGCUUCUCCCAAGGCACACUGCAGAUAAUUUCUUGAUCUAUUCCGUGGCAUACUUUCUGGUCCGGGUCUUCUUUAAGAACUAG